AUGUCGGUUCCGUCUUCCGAGCAGAAGAACGAGACCUGGUGGAUCAACGGCAUCUUUGUGCUGCUGGCCCACCUGGUCGCCAUCUACGCCUUCCUCUACUACCCGGUCUCCUACAAAGUUCAGUGGCUGACCUACAUCUGCUGGCAGCUGGCUACUCUGGGCAUCACCAUGGGCUACCAUCGACUGUGGAGCCACCGAGCGUUCAAGGCCAGCUUCCCUCUCAAGGUCAUGCUGGCGCUGAUGGGUACUAUGGGCUUCCAGGGCAGCGCAAAGUGGUGGGUCCUGCGACACCGCCUGCAUCAUAGAUACACCGAUACGGACCACGAUCCAUAUGAUGCCAAGAAAGGCCUCUGGUUCUCCCACAUCGGCUGGAUCUUUGAGAAGCCCUUCUAUCCUCGCAUGAAGUACAUUGAGCAGGAGGAUCUCAACAGCGAUCCCGUGGUUGUUUUCCAGCACAAGUACUUUGUGCCGCUUGCCUUUGCCUGCGGCUUCGGCAUCCCAACCCUCAUCGGCGCCUUGUGGGGCGAAGCUCUCGGUGCAUUCCUCUACUGUGGCUUCAUCGCCCGCAUCCUCAUCUGGCAUGUCACCUUCUGCAUCAACAGUCUGGCCCAUUACAUCGGCGACCAGGAGUACUCGGAUGAGAUGACUGCCCGCGGCAACCUUCUCCUCGCCAUCAUCACGAAUGGCGAGGGCUACCACAACUUUCACCACGAAUUCCCCAACGACUACCGUAACGGUGUUCUGCCCCACGAGUGGGACCCGACCAAGUGGCUCAUCUGGGGCUCUUCUAAGCUCGGCCUGGCCUGGGAUCUGCGAAUUACGCCUGAUAAUGAAAUCAUCAAGGCCAAGAUUCUGACCGCCGAGAAGAAGGUGGCUGAAUACCGCGAGCAGGUGACCUGGGGCCCUGAGACGGCGUCGCUCAAGAGCUACACCCCGCAACAGUUCAACGACAUGGUGCAGCUGAAGAAGGCCGAGUGGAUCAUCAUCGACGACAUCAUUUUGGACGUGCGAGAUUUCAAGGAGCGCCACCCCGGAGGCGCCAAGCUGAUCGACGCCCAGAUCGGCAAGGAUGCCACCAAGGCCUUCUACGGCAUCCUCAACAACCACACCCUGAGCGCUCGCACCUAUCUCAAGAUGCUCGCCGUCGGCAAGAUCGAUAGCCACGAGGGGAUCAUCUCGGGCGAGGGCGACAAGGACAAGUAA